AACCAAAUUUGGCAUAAAGCAUCCUUGGGUGAAGGGCUUUCAAGUUUUUGUUUUUUUUUCAAAUGAAGGGUCAUGCCCCCUUCAAAGGGGAGAUAAUUACAAAAGUGCAAAAAUAGAGUAGGACCAUUUAAAAAUCUUCUCAAGAACCACUGGGCAAGAAGAGCUGAAAUUUACAAAUGAAAGCUUCCUUGACUUUGUGCAGAUUCAAGUUUUUAAAAUCAUGACCCCCGGGGAUAGAAUGGGACCACUGUGAGUAGGAAAUGAAAGUUUUGCAUUCAAAUAUAUAGGGAAAAUAUGUUAAAAUCUUCUUUCCAAGAACCACUAGGCAAGGAAUGCACAAAUUUACACGAAAACUUCCUGACAUAGGAUAGGAUGGGGCCACAAUAGGGAAUCAAAGUUUUAAAUUCAAAUAUAUCUAAUUUAUAGGGAAAAUCUUUUUAAAAUCUUUUUCUCAAGAACCAUUGGCCCAGAGAAGUUUGCAUUUACAUGAAAGUUUCCAGACAUAGUGCAGAUUUAAGUUAGUAAAAAAUUAUGACUCCUGGGAGUAGGUUGGGGCCACAAUAGGGAUCAAAGUUUUACAGGCAAAUAUAUUGGGAAAAUCUUUAAAUAUGGGCCAAGGUGACUCAGGUGAGCGAUGAAACCUCUUGUUGUACAUACAUUUUGAUUGUUAACCCCCACCCCUUCCUACAUUGGAGACGGAGGAGAAAGUUAUAGUGAACAAAAUUCCUCCCAUUUCCUCGUACUUAACACAGGAAAUACUUUACAGUUAUCAUGGUUAUGUAAGGCUUAUAAUUCUUACAUUUACAUACAUAAACAAUGGGAACACUAGUAAAACGAAAUUUUGAUACGUCCGCGUGUGUAAAACAGAAAUAUUCACCACAUAUAGAAAAUGCCAGUGACUGUGGACAGUGCAUAACAGACACCAUGUUAAAACACCUUAGUUUAGUUCUUCUGACUUUGCAAAAUGCCAUCCUGAUCUUAGUCAUGCGGUACACCAGGACAAGACCGGGAGACAUGUACCACGCCACCACUGCGGUAGUGAUGUCAGAGAUCCUCAAGGUCAUAACCUCUCUGGUUAUCCUGGCCACUCAAGAAAAGACAUUGACAAAGUUUGUUUGCUACCUUAGGGACAAUAUAUGGAGACAGCCCAUGGAUUGUUUAAAAGUGUCUGUUCCAUCCAUAAUUUACACUCUGCAGAAUAAUUUGUUAUACAUUGCUCUCUCCAACUUAGAUGCAGCCACAUUUCAAGUAUCAUAUCAGCUGAAGAUCUUAACCACUGCGCUGUUCUCUGUCUUCAUGCUCAACAAGAAACUCAGCACUCAUCAGUGGUGUGCGCUUUUGAUAUUAUUUGUUGGCGUUGCUUUGGUUCAGUUCAGACCGGAUGAUGCUAAGUCCUCAAAGCUGUCCACCACAGCCCAGAAGCCCAUGAUGGGUUUAUUUGCAGUGAUUCUUUCAUGCUUCAUGUCAGGCUUUGCUGGAGUAUACUUUGAGAAAAUUCUCAAGGGUACAAAGCAAUCUCUUUGGCUGAGAAACGUUCAACUAGGAAGUUUGGGUGCCAUCAUUGGAUUAAUUACUAUGGAGAUUAAAGAUGGACCUAAAAUUCAGGAGAAGGGAUUUUUCUUUGGGUACGAUUAUUUGGUAUGGGUAGUGAUUAUUUUUCAGUCUAUGGGGGGACUUCUCGUGGCAGUCGUCGUAAAGUAUGCAGACAACAUUCUCAAAGGUUUCGCGACAUCAGCUGCCAUUGUUCUCUCCUGCAUAGCAUCUAUAUACCUGUUUGACUUUAGACUGUCUUUACCAUUUACAACAGGUGCUUUUUUAGUCAUUAUCUCAGUGUAUAUUUAUAGCAAAUACGUUCCAGAAAAUGAUCUUCCACAAGUCUCUGAGUAUGCUGGAAAGAAAGAAAAAUCUCCCUCAAGAGUCAUGUGAGAGUAUUGUGACAUCAUAAGAAUGAUGUUAAUGAAUGUAUGCAAUGCAUGUGUUAUAUACAGACCCAUUAGGCAGAUUUUCACAGGUGUGAUUAUUGCAGUUGUAUUAACAGGUGUAAUUGUGCCAUGGUAUGGAAGAUUAUGUUGUCUUCAUGCUGUUGUUUCUAUUAUGACUUUUUUUUGUGCACUAAUCCACAUUGUUAAAUCUCCCAUAUACAUAUGUAUUUUUUUUUUAUACCCCCAAGAUCGAAGAUCAGGGGGCAUAUUGUUUUUGUCCUGUCUGUCAUUCUGUAAUUCUGACAUUCUGUCUGAAACUUUAACCUUGCUAAUAACUUUUGAAAAAUAAGUGAUAGAGUUUUGAUAUUUCACAUGAGUAUUCCUUGUGACAAGACCUUUCCGUGGGUACCAACAUUUUUUACCCUGUGACCUUGACCUUGGAGUUUAACCUACUUUUUGAAAACUUUAACCUUGCAAAUAACUUUUGAACAGUGAGUGCUAGAUCUUUGAUAUUUCACAUGAGCAUUCCUUGUGACAAGACCUUUCCGUGAGUACCGACAUUGUUUACCCUGUGACCUUGACCUUGGAGUUUGACCUACUUUUUGAAAACUUUAACCUUGCUAAUAACUUUUGAACAAUAAGUGAUAGAGCUUUGAUAUUUCACAUGAGUAUUCCUUGUGCCAAGACCUUUCCGUUGGUAUUGAACCUUUUGACCUUGACAUUUGACCUACUUUUUAAUUUUUUUUUUACAUUGAUCAUAACUUCUAAAUGGUAAAUAUUAGAGCUUUCAUAUUGUACAUGAACAUUUCUUUUGACAAGAUCUUUCUACUGGUACCAAGAUAUUUGCCCUUGUGACCUUGGCCAUCUUCGGAAUUGACCAUUAUCGGGGGCAUUUGUGUUUCACAAACACAUCUUGUUUAAAUAGACAUAAUAUAUAUAUGAUAGCCAGUUUUACUUUAAGUUGGAUGGAAUUAUUUAAAGAUAAGAGAUUAGAAACUGACAAAAAGCUAAUAUGCUAGUCUAAACUUUUAAAAAAAAAAUUAUUGCUGAAAUUCUGCUUUAAACAUUGAAAUAUCAAUUGUAUAUUUAUAUCAAUAUGUAUAUUAUGUCACAUUUUUGCCCCAAAGAGUCAUUUAUCAAGGAAAGGCUAUAUUUUGGGUGAACUGUGUCUUAGGUCCUAGCUAGAUUACAAGUUUCGUGAAAUCAAAAUGCUUAUUACAUCUAAGUUAUCCUUAUUGGAAACGCAGCAAUGUGCAGAUUUUCUCUCGAGAAUUAGAGAUGUCAUUUUUAAGCAAUCGAUGCCUCUGUUUAUUUAACCAAAAUAUAUAUGGUGUUCAAAGUACUUAACGCAUUAGCCAUUGUCAAAUUUAAGAUGCUCUUAAGGUGCUCUCAAUUGCGAAUUGAGUCAAAUGUAUCACAAUGCAUGUAUCAGGCUUGCGGAUAAUAAUGUGCAUACUAUCUGGUUUAUUUAUAUGAAUUCUGGGAUCAUUUUGUGCUUUUGCUUUUCUUGGAAUGCUUUUUAAAAUGGGUUACUGAAUCAUCAGAGAGGGUAUUGUUGUAUUAUUUCAAAGAUGCACUGUGUAGUAUGGUUUCAUUCAUUUUCAUUUAAAUUUCAAUGUUUGACUGACUCUUACAAUUUGUUAAUAGUAUGUGCUACUUUUCAUUUGUUAUGCCCCCAAGAUCAGGGGGGAGGGGGCAUAUUGUUUUUGUCCUGUCUGUCAUUCUGUCUGAAACUUUAACCUUGCUAAUAACUUUUUAACAGCAAGUGCUAGAGCUUUAAUAUUUCACAUGAGUAUUCCUUGUGACAAGACCUUUCCAUGGGUACUAAACCUUUUGACCUUGGCAUUUGACCUACUUUUAAAAAAAUUGACAUUGGUCAUAACUUCAUAAUUGCUCAUAACAGCUUUCAUAUUACACAUGGGCAUUUCUAGUGACAAGAUCUUUCUACUGGUACCAAAAUAUUUGUCUUUGUGACCUUGGCCAUCUUUGGAAUUAGCCAUUAUUGGGGGUAUUUGUGUUUCACAAACACAUCUUGUUUAAUUUUAUAUUAGAAAUGUUCCCAGUCUGAUCAUUUUACUCUGUUUUCUUGCUCUACCAUGUAAACAGUGGAAAUUGAUAUUCAACAAACAAUGACAAAACCAGAAUUAGCUGAUUAAGAAUCAAAACCAGUUUGCUACUUAAUGACAGAUUGAAAUUUUUGAAAAUAAAUCAAAAGCAGAAAGUUUUAACCAACUGCCUUCAAUUUCGAUGAAAUAAAAUGGUUCUAGUUACUUUAAGUGCCCAUAUUGUAUUUUUGUUAGAUUACUGUUAAACAAGUUGUUUGGGUGUUUUGUUUUUUUUGUUUGUUUUUUUUGCGAAGCCAAAUCGCAUUUGUAAUUGGCAAUAUUUGGUUGCUUUAACAACUAUUCGUAAGAAAACCAUACUUGCGAAUUUCAUGGACAUGAGUAAAUGUUUAUAUGGUGUCCAUGGAAGUUAUAAAAGCAUGUAAAAGAUACAAGUUUUUACAUUAAUUCGGUGAAAAUUGAAUCACGUUUUCUUCAAUUAAACAUUCAAAUUAACAAACUAUUCAUGCGAUCUCUGGUUCACAUUUUAAAUGAGUGGCAUUUUGAAAUAUUUUUGUAUAUAUUUGCAUGUUCCUAUGGAUGGUAUAAUGAUCAUAAGCAUGUAUUGCAUGAAUAUUUGCAAUCAUUUCAUGUAUAGAGUGCACAAAUACUAAAAUGUUAACUUAUGAAUGAAAAUGUUGUUGGUGGAUGUUCUGAAAUCCUCAUGUCCUUCCAACUGUCUGUCUUGCCAUCUGUAUCUCUGUAAAACCAAGGUUAAGGCAGCAUUUGUGGUAAUUCAUGAUUUAAUGAAUGCCGUAUAUGACAGGGCUGCAGUUUAUGCUUCAUUGACUACUUAUGACUUCUCCAGGAAUGUUUUAAGAAUUGUAGAAUCUUAAGGAGGUCCUUUACAUCAUCAUAAUGGCUGACUUCUUUUUAAAACAUGGAUGAAAAUAUAGAUAUCAGCAAUAUUUGUCUAUUCAUUUCAGAACUCAUCGCCUAGUUGAGUAACUCAGUAGGUUAGUACAUUGACUGCUGAUCACGGGUUGAAAUCCAGCAGGGGCUUUAAAAAAAUUUCAGAUUGGUUUCUACUAAAACUGCAUAUUUUGACUAAAUAAAGUAAUAUUGAAAGUUUUCAGUUUCAAAAUCAUGUACAUAUUCUCCACUUUUCAUUCAUAUCAAAUUUCUCCAGUGUAGCAUACCUCCUUAAUAUGUCCAAUGGGUCUCAUUUCAAAAACAUCAAGGUCACAAAAAUUAGCAUCAGAGAUAUGCUUAAAGUAUAGUUAAAUUUUUACCACUGACCAGAGGGCGUGUCAUGACUGUAGAGACCAUACGUUCAUUUUUAUGAAUUCAGAGUCACAGGGUAUUUGUUUGGUAGCGUAUUGGUAUGUCCUGGUUAUAUCACAGUAUUGCAGGGAUUGUAGGACCUUAGAUAAUUAUUACAUGUAUGUACAAAAUGUUAACAAUACUAGUUAUCUUUCAAAUUCUUCAGCCAAAGUACUUUGGAAAACAUCAGUCAUAGGUAUUGGUGUAGACAUUCUUGUUCAGACCAUAAGUAGGCAAGGAAUGGAUGUAUUGGUUUGGAGGCUAGACCAAGGUCAUCAAAGAAAGGGUCAAUGUGUAAGAAUGUGCAGUCCAUAUGCAAGUAUUUUCUAUUUAAAUGUUUUCUGUGAUAAGACAGUAUUUGUGAUAUACACAUCUUUGAAUGCUUUAUCUAUUAAAUUUGGACACAGUUUGAGUUUGCAUAAUGUACAUAUUACAGAGUAGAUUGCCGUACAACAUGAAACUGUAUAUUGGGUCAUAAUGUCGCCAUUUUGGCAGAUGAAAUUGCCAAAAAAUUUCUUUCAUUUAUUGUAGGCAAUUACAUUUUAUGUGUGUGUGUAUAUAUAUAAUUAUAAACAGCACUAAAAUCCAACAACACCACAUUGUGGAUACAAGGCCAAAUAAAAAAAAUUACAUAAAGCACCUAUAUGACCAAUGACCAGAACAAUUAGAUAAAUGCAUUCCCAAGGACAUACUAAAAAGUUAUACUAAUAAAAAUACAAAUGAAGGAGGGUCGGGCGAACUUGGACCCCUGAAUUCACUAGAGGUGUGAUCAGGUACCCAGUAGGAGUGAGCAGCCCCUGUUGACAGGUCACACCCUUAUCAGGCUCACGGCGGGUGUGACCUGUCGAUGUUCACUCAUCCUGGGCACCUGAUCCCACUUCUGGUAUAUCCAGGGGUCUGUGUUUGCCUGGCUCUUCAUUUGUAUAGUUCUAUCAGUACAACUUUUUUGUUUGUCCUGAGAAAGGGACAGGUUGUCCCUAGGGAUUUAUCUAAUACGGCAGUUUCGAGAUACGCCCGAGUUAUUUCCCUUUGGAGAACUCUCGUAUAUAGUGAGGCGCGAAACAAUUUGUUUACACGCGGGAGUGGGACUAAUUUUCAUCACUGCGUAAGUGAAUGUACUCGGUAAGUUUCUCAUACACUGUUACAUCACCCGAAUUCGACUGAUAAGAUAUUACUUGCAAAUAUGACAUUGUUUUUAUGUUUCCACUUUAGUAAAACAUUUCUUUCGACAGUAUUUUGUAUUCCCCACAUUUACAUAUUAAAAGAGAAUCCGCUUUUAAUGCAUCUCAUUGUCUUCCUCGCUGACUGUAGGUCCACUCUGUUCCCUUUAAUCAUUCAAAGUGCCACUAAAUGCACCUCCUACACAGAAGAGUUCGUAUCUCGAAACUGGCGUAUUGUGCUUGUCCUUGGUCAUAUCGGUGCUUUAUAUAUAUAUUUUGAAAUGUAAAUCCACAGAAAAUUUAAAUAUUUCAAAUAAUUGUUUUCAAUAAAAAUCCACCAAAUAUAUCAUAAUGUGAUAUACAGUAUAUAAAUCAUUUAUAAUAGUAAAUGUAUAAUGGCAACAUUUGGGCAUAUAUCAAUAGUUGUAUUUUUGGAACAUGUAUUAUAAGAGACAAUCCAUGGAUUUACCCAUGCAGUGAUAAAACUGAUUCAACAUUGUACACCUGUUUGAAAGUAUUUUCUAGUGUUUGUUAAGAAUUCUUGGCAGUGUUUGCUAAGAACUCUUGGUAGUGUUUGCUAAGAAUUCUUGGUAGUGUUUGCUAAGAAUUCUUGGUAGUGUUUGCUAAGAACUCUGUAGUUUGGGAAACAAUGUUGAUGGACAAUCAUUUUAAUCAAAGAGAAAAAUGACCACUUCAAAAUGUUGUAGGUAAAUGGAUAUACACAGUAAAACACACUUAGAGCGAAGUGCUAGGAAUAAAUAAUUUUGAUUCAUUAUAAAUGUAAUUCAUUAUAUCCAACAAAUUUAUAAUGCUUAAAAACUACAGGGAGAGGAAAUCAUGCAUACUCACUGUAAUUACUUAUGGAAUGAUUAUAGAUAUUUAAUCACUUCGCUGUAUGUGUGUAUUCAUUAUAAGGAUACUCACCGUAACACUGUUUCUAAUUAAGGAAUGGCUAUUUUUGAAGGGGGUAUGAAAAUAACAAAAGCCAUUGUUAAUGUUCAUUGAUUAUACACAGGAAAUGCCCCCAUGCCUCCAAUAUUAUCAUAUCCACUAUAAGGAAAUAUAAUUCUUAUAUUUGCAUUGGGCGAUUCAACAUUUUUUUCUUAUAAGCAUAGGUGUUUAUGUCAAUGUCCCAGUGCUUUUUUUCCUAAGAAAGAAAUACAAUGAAACAGCUACCAUUCAUUAUUGACUAAAACACUGAUCAAUGUAAAUAUCACUGUGUACGUAGUGUUCGGUCAGGGCAAGUAAAUCAGCGUGCAAUGAUACGUAAGGCAAAGGUGCAGAAUUGUAUAUAUUAUAUGUACUAUAUGUAUCGACAUACUAUGCAGAUACUAAUCUCAAUCAUUACACAGUAUUUGUCCCAUUCAGUACACUUUGCUUCCAUUCAGUACCCUUUUAGCUUCCUCUUUUUAACUAUAUAUAUAAUAUAUACUUUUUAAAUGCAUUGAAAUAAGCAAAUUAUAAUUUUGAUAAUUAAUAAUAACUAUUAUUGAUAAUUUUAAUCUUACUUAUUUAUGAAUAUGACAUCCAUGUUAAAAUCAAUUCUUAAUUUUAAAUAUGAAACAUUUUUAGUUGUUAUUUUGUACACAAUUAGAAUAAAAAAAUCAGCUCUUCUUUUCUAUCAUUUCAUAAACUUAUUUAUUCCCCCUUCCAAGCAAAUUUAUUGGGACAAAAUAUUACUGCGUAGAGGGAGAUAAACUUGGGAACUGGGAUAUUUGUCCUUUAGGUUCAGACAUUUACAUGAGGUGUAAACCUCAAUCGUGGGAGAACAUAAGGUUUAAUUUAUUCAUAUUUUGAAAUAUGAUUAUUAAUGAAAUGCUUUUAUUAAUAUCUAUUGUUAUAGCAUGCCUGACAAGUUGUGGUGGAAACAACAAAUUCAAAAUAUUUUAAGAUCUGGGCAUAUUUAUCAUUUUUGUUGAACAUACAUGUAUGUGGGAUUUGAGCUAGUCAGUAGUGCAUGCCGUUUAUGCAUUUGUAAACGUGUAAGUUAUCAAGCAUAUGUAUAACUAUCAAGGUUACAAUUUUGUAAAUAACAGAUGUUCUGAUGUUCUUGGUUACGAACAUGUAGACACAUAUUUAGUCCAUGUUCAUUGAUGAGAAUUCAAGGUGUCUGGAGGGGCUGCGUCUUAAUAGUAUUAUAAAAUGAGAUAAUGUGAAUCUCGGUAGUUUAGCUGUCGGUAUUAAAGAAAUGUGUACCAGUAUGAUUUGUUAAUUGUUCUAUAUUGCUGUUUAAAACAAUAUCUGUGUUGUAAUAAAUACCUUAUACCUGAA